AUGUCAAAUAGCAUUGGUACAAAAUCAUCUCAAAAUUUAUUGUCCAAUCUUCGACAUUUUAGAUUUCAAAAAAAAAAUACUAAUCAUUUAAAUAACGAUGAUAAUCCUGAUAAAAAAUCAGAGCCUGACAAAAAACCUUCUCAAAACUGUGAUUCAAACCAAAGAUUAUUCGAGGAGAAAAUACUCGAAAGAUCGUUAAUUAAAUGCAAAGGGGAUGUUGAGGCUGCUAAAUCGGUUAUAAGAAAAGAACUAAAUCUUGAUAAACCGUCUGCAGUGUCAGCAGACGCAGAAAGAAAUCCAUGCUUUAAGAAUCAAGGCGUAAGCAUUGUUGAAAAGUUAGCAGAAAAAUGUUCUCCAGUUAAAAGACCUUUUAGUGCUACAAAUGGUGAAUCAUCAGUUCCUAAAGCUAAAAAAUAUAAAAGAGUAAAGAACACAAGUGUUUUCGACGAAAGUGAAGACUCCGAAGAUGAGAUUGGAUUUAAAAAGCAGGAUCAAAAAGUUUACGAUAGUGAGGAAGAUUCAGAUGUUGAAAUUACUGAUGACAUGAAUACAGAACAAAGGAAAGUGUAUGAAUUUUUGUCCACAGCCGAAUUGUCUGAAUUACUUUGCAUGCCCAAUUGUUCGCAAAAAAAAGCGGAAGCCAUUUUAGAUCAAAGACCAUUUUCCGGAUGGAAAAAUAUGGUGGAAAAAUUUCAAGAAGGAAAAAAUUUAGGCACAGAAAUUUUAAAUUACGCACAAGAAGUGCUCUACACGAGACAAGUUGUUAAUCAGUUAAUGCAAAAAUGUUCUCGUUUAGCUAUCGAAAUGGAAAAAGCUGUUUCUGCUGGUACUUCAAAUGUUACAGUGCAGCCUAAACUCCUAAACGAAAAUUUAAAAUUAGCAAGUUAUCAAAUGGUUGGAUUGAAUUGGUUGCUCGUUCUUCAUCACAAAGGUUUAAAUGGAAUAUUAGCAGAUGAAAUGGGUCUGGGUAAAACCGUACAAAUAAUUGCAUUUCUAGCAUACCUUCAAGAAAUGUCUGAGAAAAACGAAAAUGGCGACGGUGACGGGAGUAAUCCUCAUCUAAUCGUAGUUCCUUCUUCGACCAUGGACAAUUGGAGAAACGAGUUGGAAAGAUGGUGUCCGUCAUUGAAAGUUUUUCUUUACUACGGAUCAAUGGAUGAAAGGAAAGCGAUGAGAAUUCAAUUUUCACAGCAUGGCAUUAAGGAUUUAGAUGUCAUUCUUACGACGUACAACUUAAUAACGAGUACUUCGGAGGAGAAAAAAAUGUUCAAAGUUCUUCCUUUUAAUUACGUCAUUUUCGAUGAGGCUCACAUGUUGAAAAAUAUGAACACUCAACGUUUUGAAAAUUUGAUGAGAGUUAACGCCAAACAUAGAAUAUUGCUCACGGGAACUCCAUUGCAAAAUAAUUUAUUAGAGCUCAUGUCACUCCUGACUUUUGUCAUGCCUGAAAUGUUUGCCAAGAAAAAGGAAUAUCUCAAGUGCCUAUUUACGCGAAAUAAAACAAACGGUGCAACGAUAGAAACAAUACCGAAAUUUGAACAGGAACAAGUGUCACAAGCGAAAAAAAUAAUGCAACCUUUUGUAUUGAGGCGACUUAAAAAAGACGUUUUGAAAGAUUUGCCGAAGAAAACGGAAGAAAUUAUUUAUUGCGAAAUGAUUGAAAAACAAAAAUUCAAAUACGAAAAUUUAAUAUCGACUUUUUCGAAAAAAACGGAAAAUAAAAACACAAAAGAAGACAUUGAUGAGGUGAGCGGUCUUUCCAUGAUGAUGGAUUUAAGAAAAUUAAGUAAUCAUCCGCUUUUGCUCCGGGAAAUUUACGAUGAAAAUAAAUUGGAAUCCAUUGCGAAAAUAUUGGCGAAAGAAAAAGAUUACAAAGAGACAAACGUCGGUUACAUAAUCGAAGAUUUAAGUGUCAUGUCCGAUUAUCAAAUUCACGCCCUGUGUAAAUCUUUCAAGAGUUUGUCGGAAUACGAAUUGAAAGACGAAGAAUUUGUAAAAUCUGGAAAAUUUCAAAAAUUAGAUGAAAUGUUACCCAAAUUGAAAGAGGAAAAUCACAGAGUUUUAAUAUUCAGUCAAUUUGUCAUCAUGUUAGACGUAAUGGAAGAAUAUUUGAGAAUAAGAGGACAUAAAUAUUUAAGGCUCGACGGUAGCACUCAAGUAAUAAUAAGGCAAGAAUUGAUCGAUGCGUUCAAUGAAGAUUCGUCCAUAUUUGUUUUCAUAUUGUCCACUCGAGCAGGAGGUUUGGGUAUAAAUUUAACAGCAGCCGAUACAGUGAUAAUCCACGAUAUGGAUUUUAAUCCGUACAAUGAUAAACAAGCAGAAGACAGAUGUCACAGGGUUGGCCAAACCAAGCCGGUUUCCGUUUAUAAAUUCAUCGGGAAAAAUACGAUUGAGGAAAACAUACAUCAAGUAGCGUUGGAAAAAUUAAAUUUGGAAAAGAAAAUUUCAUCCGAAGAAAGCGAACAAUCGGAAAGGAAAAGCGUCGUGAGUUUACUUAAACAAGCUCUCGGGUUCGACAAUAUGAAAAUUUCACCGCAGAAAAAACCGCAAUCCGGGUCGUGA